AUGUCCGGUCUCGAGCCACUCGUUGCUUUUUCCUUAGCAUGCGCAGUCUGCCAGGCAGUUUCCUUUGCGGGGGAAACUCUCGGAGUCUGCUGGAACCUUUGUUCAACCGGAUCGGCCGUCGAAAGUACGGGAACGCAAUGCUUAACAAGACUAUGUGCCGAUUUACAAAAACAUUGUACACCAAUAUCCGGGCCGUUGACUCGAGAGCAGCAGAGGCUAUUGGAUGUCGCUCAGACAACUAUCGACGCCGCAACAAAGCUGGAGAGAGAAACUAUCAAAAUAUAUCGAUCGUUGCCGCGGAGCAAAGUGCUCGCGACUCUUAACUGGGCAGCAAGAUGUGGCAUCUAUAAAGUAGGAUAG